AUGAGGGAAGGCAAUCAGUCACUAGUGACUGAAUUUAUCCUUUUGGGUUUUUCUAAUCUCCAUGAAUUUCAGGUCAUUUUAUUUAUGCUUUUCCUUGUAGUGUACCUAGUAGCCUUAAUAGGAAACUCCCUCUUAGUGUUGGUCUCCACUGUAGAUCCCAGCCUUCAAUCCCCCAUGUACCUUUUCCUCAGGAGUCUGUCCCUAAUGGAUAUUGGCUAUACGACUGUCAUCAUCCCCAAAAUGCUCACCAAUUUACUGUCCAAGGAUAAAAGUAUUUCCUUUGGUGGCUGUGCUGCCCAGAUGUUUCUCGCCUUCUUUUUCGGGCCCUCAGAGUGUUGGAUCCUGACAACGAUGGCUUAUGACAGGCAGGCCGCCAUCUGUGACCCGCUCCGCUAUUCACUCAUCAUGAACCGCAGGUUCUGUCUGCAGCUGUCCCUGGCUUCCUGGCUAGCAGGGAUUCCCGUGGCAACAGUAAAGACUACAUUGAUGUUUACGUUGACCUUCUGUGGGCCUAAUGUCAUUAACCAUUUCUUCUGUGAUAGCCCUCCUGUCUUAGACCUGGUGUGCACGGAUACUUUCGCGGUUGAGAUAUACAGUGUAACCGCAACUGUGAUGGUCCUGAUGCUCCCCUUUGGAGUGAUCGUUGUGUCUUACAUCCGCAUCCUCGUCACCAUCCUGAAGAUGUCCUCCGCCGAGGGCCGUGGCAAAGCCUUCUCCACCUGCUCGUCUCAUCUCAUUGUGGUUUCGCUGUUCUUCGGGCCAGCGGGUUCGACUUAUUUCCGAGUGAAAGCCUCCUACUCUCCUGAGACCAAGAAGCUGCUUUCCCUCUCCUAUUCAGUCUUCACUCCCAUGCUAAAUCCCCUGAUCUACAGUCUGAGGAAUCAAGAGGUGAAAGGUGCUCUGAAGAGAAUUCUGGGUAGAAAGAUAUCUUCCCAGGAUCUGUGAGGCUCUGAUUUGUG